AUGCUUUCGUCGCUGGUCAGACCGAGUUCAUCCGCUACAUUCGCCAGCAACUGCAGUUCUCGAUCAGCUCAGAGUAUUUGUCGCUAUGCAAUUGAACACGAUCGUGUCGAUCUCGUCAAAGACUACAUCAGCAACAAAUUGAUCAGCCAGACUGAUUUGGCAUACUGCUUUGACUUGGUUCGUCGUCAAAAAGAGGUAAAAGUAAUCCUCUCCAACGAGAUGCUAUCUCUUCAACAAUCAAACACCUUUCAAUUCUAUAUCAAGAAAUUAGUUAACAAAAUUAUAUAA